CCAAUAUGAUAACAUUUUACGACUGCCACCGAUUUUAUACAUUGAAUUUUUCCAAAUAAUGUAAUUAUUUAAAAAAAAAAACUGAUAUAAAUCGUAUUCUUAAUGUUAUAACUUAAAACUUAAUAUGAAUAUAAUAAUUGAGCACAAAUUAUAUCGUUGUCAAAAAGAGAUUCCUAAUUUAAAAAAAAAAACUGCUAUUUUAAUAUCAAAUAUGCAACGAUUUAGUAAAUAGUACUACAGUUUGAAUGAUGAUAAGUAAUAAGUAAAAGUGGGUAGGUAUAUUGUAUUGUAAUAAAGUUAAAUGACAAUCUAAAAACAUACGUUUAAAUAUUACCUACAUAAUAUUAUAUUUUUUCGUAAAUAGUUGUUAAUUUCUAAUACAAACAUAAAAAUUUACCCAUAACCUAAAUUUAAUUAUAAGUACAAUAAUAAGUUAUACUAUUAUAAGUCUGAGUUUUUACUCCGUUAAGCCCACCAAUUUUUCUGAUAUAAAAUUUAAAAAAAUAAAAAAUAAUUUAAAACCAUUAAAUUGUUUACAUAAACUGAUCAAUUGUACAAACAAAAAUGUCAAAUAUAAUAGUUAUUCAAUAUAUAACUCAGAGAAUACAAACAUGAAACAAUGCUAUAUUAUAAUGUUUCACAUUUAUCAGUUUUUCAUUUUUAAUAAUUAACAACUUAUAUUAUUUUCUUGUUACAUUAAAUUUUAUUUACCAUAAAAUAUUGAAUUUUUUUUUGUCUAUAGAUUAAUUGAUUUACUUAACAAUUAUGACAAAAUACAAUGUGAAUGUUGUUUCAUCUGACAUGAAAGGUCGAUUGGAGUUUAUGAUGAACAUUUACAAUCGUUUAAUGAUGUCUGAUCAAGAAGUUACACCAAAUAAAACUACUGCUGAUUAUCAUUUAUUAAACGGCUACAUAAAACUAAUGCAAUGUGCUACAAAUAGUAAAAAAAAUAAAAAAUCUAAUAAAAGCCGUUCAUACCGUCCAACCGCAGCAAAUAAAACUAUCAACAUAACAUCAGCUAUUCAAAAAAAUUAUAAAAACUAUAGCAGUGCAUCAUCUAUAUCAUCGCGGCCAACUUUAAGUCGUUCACCAUCAUCUGUAUUAUUUGAUUUUGAAAACAAUUCCACGUCCACUUGUUUUGAAGAAACGAAAAGAUUAUUGUGGGCAGGUUGUAAAACUGUUGAUGAUGCUCUUGAUGUGAAUAGAGACUUGCCCAUGUGGGUACAAACCGUAGAUUCAAAUAAUAUUGUUAAACAGUUGUUGACUUCUGUAGAUGCCAGCCGUGUUGAUAAAGGUAACGUGCACACUCUGGUUGCCGUAUUCAUUAAUUUCAGUAUAACCAUGAUAGACAUGUUUGGAAUGAAUGUCAAUGUGGACCAACAUUGGUGGAAACACUCAUACAAAAUUAUGGAACAGUUGAUUAAUGAUAUCAAUGUCCACUGUCGUGCUAAAGAUCCGAAUGCAUCACUUAAAGUCAAAGGAAAAAAUGGUGAUAGAAUGUUCAAUAAGGCAUUAUCAACAAUCACUCAAUUAAAAAAAAUUGUGCCCAAUGAUAAACAUGAGGUUCAUGUAAUGCAAAAUCCAAUAACACCUCUUGUUCCACCUGUACAACAACAGCCCACAUUCCAACCUCCAUCUCCGGAUUACAAUAAUCAGCCAUAUGUAAAUUAUAACUAUCCCAAUCAGAAUUAUAUGAACAGUUAUAAUUAUCAAGGACAAUAUCAAACACCGCAAAUAAAUCGACCACCGUACUGUCCAAUGCAGUACCGUCCUCCAUAUCAGCCCCCUUACCAACAAUAUCCAAAUCAAGUGCGAAUGAACCAACCACAGUAUUAUCAAUACCUUCAGCAACCUCCAAAUCCCUGGCAAAAUAAUUAUCAGAAACCACCAUAUCCAGUACAUAAUGCACCAUUUCCACCUUCUCAGUUUGUUGCUACUCCACAGCCAAAACCUGAAGCUAAGCUAGUUGAAGUGAAAGAAGAUGACGAGAAAAAAUGGUUAGAAGCACAAAAAGAUGCCAAAAAGUUGGUGAACAAUGCUAUUAACCAUAAUAUUUUGGCAACUAGAUCUACUGAUAGUAUACAGUCAUCACAGGAGAGUGAAGAAGGGUUAAUCAGUAAUGUACAUCCAGUAUUUGAAAAAAUGUCUGACAGAGAUAGUGGAGCUCCAAUUCCAGACGAUACAACAGACAGAAUGUGGAAUUUUUUGGCCAGAGAAGUAGAUAAAAAAGUUCGAUAUAAAUUUCAAAAAAUGAUAAGAGAGAUGCAAGAUAUACCCAAAGAAGAGUUUAGUAAAGAGCCAGAAUUAUAUGAGACUACUUAUCAAAAUGUGGUUAGAAUACAGCUAUUUGAGCCAAUCAGAUGUAAAAUGAUUAAUAAGAAGUAUGAAAAUGUACAAGCAGUCGUUAGGGACUUUCGAUUGGUAUUCAGUACAUUCCGUCACAUAUCUCAGUCUAAUGAUAUUAAAUGUAAACUUAUGAUGGACUUUAUGGAACGUCAUUUUAAUGAAUGCCUUAGAAAAUAUUUCCGUGGAUGGAAUCUAGAUAAAUACCGUAGUACCGUCCAGGAGUGACAGAAAGUCUAUAAUAAAUAUAAAAUUAUUUUGAAAUUGUUUAAAUAAUAUUUAUUUGAAAAAAAAUUAACAAUUAAGUCAUUUAACAUAAGUUGAA